AGCGAAAACGCCCCCUCUCCGCGUCAUCAUUGGUGCGGACUGUCCGAUAGGCCGUGGCGCCUGUCAGUCACCCGCGUCGGCGGCCGUCCAUCGAGAUGCUGGCGUGGGGGCGGGGGGCAAAAUGGAGCGGAGGCCGAGCGGAAAGCCGGGUCGCUGAGGGCCGGCGCUAGCGUGCGAGGGGGUGCCCGUGGAUGAGCGCGGUCUGAGGGGGAGCGGCGGCGGCAGUGAGCGGCAGGCCUCAGGCCUCGAGCUUCGGGCCGUAGGCCUCAGCUGCAGCCUGGGCUUCGGGCCCGGGCCAUGGCCGAGUUCGCGCUGCCGCGGCAUAGCGCGGUGGUGGAGCGGCUCCGCAAACGCAUUGAGCUGUGCCGCCGCCACCACUCGGAGUGCGAGGUCCGCUACGAACAUGCCGCGGCCGAGCGCCUGGAGCUGGAGCGGCAACACAGCCUGGCGCUGCACCAGCGCUGCCUACAGACCAAGAACAAGCGGGCGGCCAAGCAACGGCCGCAGCCCCCGGCCCCCGCGCCGCCACCGCAGUCACAGCCCGGCUACACCGACAGCCCGCAGCCCGCCGCCGACCAGAGCCGGAGUAGCACCCUGCAGGCGCUUCACGAGCGGGUGAAAAGAAAAUUGAAAGCCGACGGUUCUCCUCUGAAUGGAGAUCAGCUGAAUGGGUUUGUGGACGGGAGCUAUUUGGGGACCAAGAAGCUCCAACUGAAUGGGGACUUUGUGGUUAAUGGCUCCUCCAAUGGGAUGCCAUCUAUGUCUCCACUCCACACAAGGGAAAAAAGGUCUGUUGUCAGGGAUGGAACCCAAGGCAAUGGGAAUCUACCUAUAAACUUGGACAACUUGAAGAAAGAAUGUCUUCCGGAUUCCAAUGUGCAGAUGAACGGAAACAGUGACGGUGUUGAUGGCUUCACUCUUAUUAAGGAGCUGAAGCAAGAACCAUCUCUGGAUUUAGCUUGUGUCAACCCAUCAGGUACUUCUCUCUCCCAGAACAACAUGUUCCCGGAUAUUAACUUGAACGAACAAGAAUGGCAGGAGUUGUUUGAUGAAUUAAAUCGUUCAGUGCCAGAUCAAGAUAUACAGGAUCUUUUCAAUGAGGAUUUUGAGGAGAAGAAGGAUAUUGAACCAACUGGUUCUGAUCAGACCUCCUUAUCAGACAACAUCAUUAUAAAAACAGAGUUUUCUCCAUCCUCAUUUGAGCAUGAACAAACAGGAUCUCCGCAGCCUAGGCCAUCUCCCUCAGGACCUUCAUUCCCGAGCGUGUCUUUAGCUUCUGUGACUACUGCCCCAUCAGUCUCCCAGCCAGUUGCACAAGCCACGGGGCCCACUCCAGCAUGCCCAAGGCCUACAUCUAGUGUUCUCCUGCCUGGCAACCCUGCGAUGUCCGUAGAGCGCUCUCAUGCGCAGCAGCUCCAGCAGAUGGCUGCCAACCAGAAGCAGAGGGCCCAACUCAUGCAGAAGCAGCAGGUACAACACACCUCGCCCAACCAGGUCCAGAACUGGUCGGCGGCACCUACUCAAAGUCCACUGGGCAGCCCCUUCAGCCACGAGAAGCCCAGCAGCCCUUCAUUGUACCAGCAGGGCUUCAAUCAGAAACUUUCCAUGGCCAGCAUGCCACCAAAGAGCUCCGCCAAAGCUGGUGGCACCUACCUGCAGCCAAAUCGUGUGGCAAUUCUGAGCCAGCCUCCGAACUCUUUGGGGCCAAACUCCACGAGCAGCCAGGCUCCGUUGCUGAACUACGCUAACACUAAACGGUUGACCCAUUUCGAAAUGUCCGACGGCCAAAGAGUGGUGGUACAGAACCAGAACAAAACCGCAAUGUUCGCGUACAUGAGGCAGCAGCAGCAGCUUUCCCACCUCGGCGAGGAACAGAAACGACUGCUCGUGAUGAAACAAAAGGAGCUGACCCAGAGUAGCAUGACGUACAGACCUCAUCUGCAGCACAGCCAGGAUCAACAUCCAGGAAACGUCACCAGGACGCAAAAUGCCGUCCAGGGAUCGGGUCCAACGACGCAGCCUCCCCCGGUUUCCAUUGCCGGCAGCCACGCCAACGCGGGUUACCUGAGUGGCCAACAGCAGGCUGUGGCCAUGAAGCAGCAGCUGUUGAUGGAUCAGCAAAAACAGCGAGAGCAGCAACUGCAGCUGAUGGAGCAACAGAAGCAGCAGUACCUGCAGCGGCAGCAGCAACUCCUGGCCGAGAGGGAGAAGCAGAGGAAACAUCAGGAGCAACAGUUACAGAGGCAUCUCACCAGGCCCCCACUUCAAUACCAAGAUCAGCAGCAAAACCCGUACCAUGUUGAGCAGGUCAGCCAGUUUCAGGGUUCCCCUCAAGUUCUUCAAACGGUUGGAAAUCUGUCCACGUCAAGUCCAGGUGGCCCGCGAUUGUUCUCCCAGAGUCAAAACAUGAUCCAGAUUGCACCGAGCCAGAUUGCUGUCUCCUCCAGUGGCUCAGCUGCCUCCCAGUCAGAGCUGGGAGUGACCCAGUACAGUAACAUGCACAAUGUCCAACAGGGAAUGUACAACGUGGGCUCGACUCUGAACCAAAUGCUUUCACAGGAUACGAUCACAAAUGGGCAGCAUUCAAACUCAUUGCAGAGGCAACCAAGUAGGACUCGAGGCACCCCCGUACUAACGGGAUACAGUCAGAAUCACCUCGGCAACUCCAGCCUUGCACAGCAGCAGCAGCUUAGCAAAGGACCUGUGAAUCAGGCGGUGUCAAAAACUCCCUUGCAGAGGUUACCCGGUGCUGUGGCAAAUCAGAAUUCCUCAUGGCAGCAUCAAGCUUUGCAAACCGUGAGCAACCAAAACCAACCCAGCAGUAACCUCGUAGCAUUCAGUAGUACCUCAACUUUCCAUGUGAGGCCAUCACACCCCAAAAUAGCGAGCCAGCAGUUUGUGCAGGGAAUGCCCCGUGCGAGUCUUCAGGCUGCCAGGCCGAUGGGAACUAUCAACUCCAGCAUCGGUGGACAGAUGAUGCCUACGUUAGGUGGCUCUCUGUCACAGACAAAUCCGCCCUCCCAAGCGGUGCCCAAUUUAACCCAGUCUGUUACGGACAUGGCAACCUUCGGCCCUGGCCAACAAAUGGGUGCAAGGAGCAGCCUCCACUGCAAUCAAAGUUUCCAGGUAAGAAGCUCCAGUCAGGAACUACCGUUUAGUUUCGGUAGUCAGGCUGGUGGCAGCACACUUCAGGGACUGCCUGGAGACACGGACCUGAUGGACUCCUUGUUGAAAAACAGGACUACGGAAGAAUGGAUAAUCGAUUUGGACGAGUUUCUGGGAUCUCAACAUUGAAAGGCAGUCUGUCACCAAUAUUUUGGGAAAAGUGUAAUUAUGGAUUUUUUAAAAAACAGUUUGGGACCAAAAAUAACUAUCGAAUCUGUGUGGCACAUGACAGGUGAAAAUGUAUGGUUGGGAAAAAUUUGUGGGCAGUUUUAAUAAUUGCUAUCUUACUGGCAAGUUGCACAAAGUUCUGGAGUAUCUCAGUGGGGCAGGCAGCUUCUGCGGAGGAUGUGGAUCGGUGACGUUUUGGGGUGGGAUUCUUCAGACUUAAGUAGUCCUGAUCUGAAACACCACCUGUCCAUGUUCUCUAGCGAUGCCUGACCCGUUGAUUUACUGCAGCACUUGGUUUUCUUUUGUAAACCAGCAUCUGCAGUUCCUUGUGUUUCCAUGUCAUGUUACAAUUUUGUAUUUUAAAACAUAUACAUCCACGUUAUUUAACACCCAAGCUCUUUUGAUCCAUUGCUGAUCAGGAAGUCAAUGGUAAAUCACUUCAUUCUUUUUCUCACCCAUCAGCUCACAACAGUCAAGUCAUGCAAGGGGAGAAUAUUGCAAGUGCUCCCUUGAAAUCCAGUCCAUCAUUUUUAUAUUGUUUCUGUCCCCUCUGCUAAGGGAAUGGUGUCUAUUUUCCUUCCUUGAAGACUCCUUAGUUUUUAUUCACAAUCACCUCUACCUUAAUUUCUAAAGAAUACAGCCUGAACAUAUCCAGAAUCUCCCAUCAGAUAAAUCUUUUUCGCCACUUUGUCCAAUAUCCUCUUAUGUACACUUCCGUGGUGGGGCAGGAUUUAUAACAAGUAGCAGACUUCUUUGAAUCCAAUGAAGAAUGUACAUCUAGCCCCGCCAUGGCCCGUUCUACAUUUUAGUUGUGCUGCCUCCACCACAGUUUAUAUUUUCCUUCUCGGUGUAGUCAGUAUUUUUAUUCUUCAAGCAUCUUGCUUUUGGCUUGGUCUGCAACACCCUUACACUCCAGCUGCAUAUUUCCAGACAGCAAGGGCUAGUUAGCUCUGUAAAGUAAUUGCUGGAGUUCUUGAUCAUUUCAAGUGCUGCAUUUUUACAAGUCAUGCUAAUUGUCCUGAUCUUUGUUUUUCUUUUUGUUUUGGCAUAGUCUCUGUUUUAAAUUGCGGUUACUAUCCACUACUUUUUUACUUCCUGUAAAGUAAUUGAAUGGUGUAUAGCUGUUCAUUUGAGGGGAAGCAGGUUUUUCCCUUUUGCACUACUUAGAUCUCUGGGCUUUACAGUCACGCUCAUCGAUUCUUAGAACUGUCGUGGUGAAGAGAUCGUUCAGCCUGUCAUGUCAGUUCUGGCUAAAUAAAUACUAUACCGCCUUAUCCCAACUUCCAGCACUAACUGCGCCCCCUCUUCAUAAACACAUCCAAUAUCUCAGCAAAUAUUAUGAAGAUUUCUGACUCUACCACACUCUUCAGGCAAUUCCAAACCCAAAGUAGGUGGGAAAAUGUUCACCAUCUCAAUGUAAUCAAUUAAUUUUAUAUUGUUUGUUGACUCUGCUAAGGAAAUGGGGUUCCUUUUAUUCUUUGAUGGUUCCUCAAUUAUAUACAUGAUCACAAGAAUACAGCCCUACCUUAGAUACAGCACAGGGAUAAGCUCAUCAGCCCACACUCUGUACCGAACAUGAUGCCAAGACCAACUAUAACCGGCCUGCACGUAAUCCAUAUCCCUCCAUUCCCUGUGUAUCCAUGUGCCGAACGAAAAGUCUCUUCAAUGCCACUAUUGUAUCUGCCUCCACCACCACCCCUGCCAGCGUGUUCCAGGCGGUAACCACACUUUAGAUUAAAAAAAACUUCCCCUGCACAUUUCCUUUAAACUUUGCCUCUCUCACUUUACAGGUAUACCCUCCAGUAUUUGAUAUUUUCAUACCGAGAAAAUGGCUGCCAACUCUAAUU